CCCAUCAUUGGUAUCAAGUGGGAUGAAAAGUGCCCCAUCAUUGGUAUCAUUGGGAGGAAUAGUGCCCCAUCUUUGGUGCGGGGUUUCCCAUUUGGGGGGAGAUUAUCCCAUCUUUGGGUUCAGUGGGGGAAUAGUGUCCCAUCUUUGGUAUCAGGGGGGAGGAUAUGCCCCAUCUUGGUAUCUGAAGGGGAAAUAGUGCCCAUCUUGGUGUCAUUUGGAGGAAUGUCCCCAUCUUGGGUGCAGGGGGGAGCAAUACGUCCCAUCAUUGUGUCAGUGGGGGAAAAUAUGUCCCGUCAGUGGGAGGAAUUGUACUCAUUGGGGGAGUGGGGGGGGGGGUUUGGAAUAGUGCCCACUUUGGGGGGUCAGUGGGAGGAAAAGUGCCCCAUUUUGGGUCAGUAGGGGGGGAAUUUGGGGGGGUUCCCCCCACGUUGGGUAGUGCGGGGGAGGAAUGUGCCCCACGUUGGUGUCUGGGGGGAGAAUAGCGCCCCAUCGUUGGUGUCAGUGGGGGGGGGAAUGUCCCCCAUGUUGGUGUCGGGAGAAAAUGCCCCUCAUUAUUAUCAGUG